AUGUCGGCGCCGGCCGAUCAGCAGCCUGUCCUCGGGCAGAGGUCUGACAUUCCUGCGCCUCGUGCGCGGACACCGUCGCCCGUCAAGAAGGUCCAGGAGGAAGCCAGUGGUCCUCUGCCUGCGCGAGACUUUGACAUAGACCCGGCAACAGUCGAGGUCGUCUACGCGGAGGACGAGGAAGUCUUCAGGGAGACAGCAAUACGUGAACUCUUAAAGGUCGGCUUUGUCCGCAACAAUAUCCACGAGGCCGCCAACGGCAUCGAGGGGCUUCACCACCUCGCUCGCUUGCAGACGGAGGGCAACCCAACGAAGCCGCUAGUGGUCAUCCUGGACGUGCGAAUGCCUGGCAUGGACGGCCGCGAGUGCGCCCUGCAGAUCCAGGAGCUCGUGAAGAAGAAGGCGCUCAGGCGGGAGCCGUUCGUUAUCUGUAUCUCGUCAAUCCAUCGGCAGGUCACAGUGGACGAGGGCAAGGGGAAUUUUCAGAUUGUACUCCCAAAGCCCUUCGGAACAACUUUCCUCAUGCAGGUGCUGGACGCGCUCAGGAAGUGGUGGACCAUGGGGCAUGGACGACACCUUCCAGCGUGGAAGGAGUUCAGCCCAGCGCAGAUCGAUCUCAUCGCCGCUGACGACGAGCCCAUAUGCCGGCUCUCGUCGUCCACGGCUUUCGUCCAAGUUGGAGUCAGCCAGGACGCCGUGAACGAGGCGUGCGACCAGGACGAUUUGUUGGAGCUCGUCCAAGAGGCACAGGGGGGAGAUGCUACCAGGCCGCUCAUAAUUCUCCUUGGCACCGAAUCUUGGGCAUUCACGCUGAGGCAGACCAUGGAAAAGAUGACGCCAGAACAAAGAAGGAGGGACCCCUUCGUGGUCUGCACAUCCGUCGACAGCCAGCGCAUUAGCAAUUCGCCCUCGGUCGAGCAUUUCCACGCCUUCCUUCCAAGCCACUUCAAACCGAAACACGUCGAAUGGUGCCUGGAGUUGUGCCGCCUAUGGUGGCUCACCCGCGGUGACGGGCCCGCACCCAAGGACGACAACGAUGACGACUCCGACUCCGAGCAGUCGGAAGCUUCUGAGCCCUCGGCACCUUCCGAAGGUUCCAACGAGUGA